AUGUCGAAAUCCCUCGCCUUAUUUGCUUUCGAGUCUCUAGUAUCAGAGCUAGAGUCAUCUAAACGUAUGACACUAGCGGAAGUCGAGAAGCGAACAAAAUCGGAGACUGCGUUGUAUCCACAAAAUGCUCCCUUGUUUGUAACGUGGAACAAGGAUGGAAAUCUUAGAGGAUGUAUCGGGACGUUUCUGAACACGCCGGUUGAGGCAGGAGUUGCUCAAUAUGCGCUAAUCAGUGCCUUCGAAGAUACGAGAUUUGCGCCAAUAAAGUUUAGUGAACUUCCUUCGCUAUCUGUCGGCAUUACACUUUUAGACAAUUUCGAGGAGGUUCUUGAUCCUCAAGACUGGGUGAUUGGAAAACAUGGACUAAAAGUGCUGUUCACGGACCAAGGGCGCCGCUACCUGGGGACAUUCUUACCCCUGGUUGCAGUGGAACAGGAAUGGACUUCAAAUGAUACUCUUUGGAACCUAUUGAGAAAAUCUGGCUCGAAAAGUGUUUCCCCUGCUGAAACAACUGACUUUUACGCGUCUGCUAUUGCUGCUGGCACUAUGCGAUUAGUAAGGUACGAAGGUUUAAAGUGCAGUGCAUCAUAUCAUGAAUAUAAGUGUGCCAUGAGUCAGAGGCCUUAG